UGUUACAGCCACUGGAAGGUAACAAUCCCAAUAACUCUCUUCUGUGGUCCAUGUAAGGAGUGAUAGAGACAGGAAGUCCUUCCUCAAUGAAGAAAACUUGAAGGGAGUGCGGAAGUGAAACAUAAAUUCAGUUGGCCACACAAAGGACGCGUUAACGGCAUAAACGGAGCACAUUAAAACAGCCAUCUGAGAUUUAGCUACAGCAUGGCCACCACAGACACGGUGUACAACACCACCACAACAGUGCAGGAGCCCAAACCCAGAAGGUUCAUCGUGCCAUCAGAGAACCUGGACAAAGUUAGAUUCGGGAUAAAAUUGAUUGAAGUGCUCCUCUCGUUUGUGGCUUUUGUGAUGGAGGAGAGUGUAUCCAGCUGUUCGCAGUGUGGACCACUCUACUUUUUUGAAUUUGUCAGUUGCACAGCCUUCCUCUUCACGCUGUUGCUCCUCAUCCUUCUGGCCACAGUGUUGCACCAGAGAGUUGGAAUUAAUUGCUGGCCGACUCUGGACUUUGGAUACACAAUAGCCAUGGCAAUCUUGUUCAGCCUCGCUAGCAUUGUGUUUGCGGCAGACAAUGGUCAGACAGAUCUGGAGCGGGGCGCAGUGGCGUUUGGCUUCCUGGCCACGGUGGCAUUCUUUGUGGACUUUGUUUUGUUUGUGAAAAAACAGGGCAUUCCUUGCCGAAAGGAAAACAACCAACAAGCAGACUGCACACCCAGACCAGAGAGUGAAAAACUUAACUCUAAUGGAACUGACUCCUUGAACUGAAGCUUCUAGAAGCAGUUUGCUGCCAUAUUCAAAAGCUUUUUCCCCUUUUUUUA